AUGAGACUUGAUGAGUUGAUGGGAUCUCUACAAGCGCAUGAGAUGAAUCUGAAUCAAGGUAGAAGAGAAAAAGAUAUAGCUCUGAAAAUUGAAGCAACAAGCCCAAAAGAGUUACAACAAACUGAAGACAUAGAAGAAGAAGGAGAAAUUGCUCUUUUGAUUAAGGAAUUAUGCAGAUAUUUCAGAAAAAUUCAGGAAGAAGACAAAGCAUAUGAUGCAGAUCACAUCACUACACUUUCUUUACCAACCGACGGAGAUUUCGAAAUUUCAGGCAACAAAGGAUUUUUGAUGAAUUACAAAGAAUGUCCAAUUGGGCAUGUGACUUUUGGAGAUGGUCAGAAAGGUCAAGUAGUUGGAAAAGGAACAUUGAUGGACAGAUGUGUGGUCUAUGAUGAAGCUGGUCACUGUGUUUUAACUGGUUCAAGAUCUUCAAACAAUUGCUAUUUGCUAGAGAAACUGGAAGUCUGUUAUAACACAUCUUGCAAUAUCACUGAAAUUUGGCAUCAUAAGCUUGGACAUCUGAAUUUCAGAAACCUUAUGAAGAUUACAGAAAUGAAAGUUGUUAAGGGAGUGCCCAAGCUUACAAAAAGGGAAGGAGAAAUCGAAACGUUUGAAGCCUUUAAGAAGUUAUGCAUGCAACUCCAAAAUGAGAAAGAGUGUCAAAUAGGAAAGAUUGUCAAAAUUCGGAGUGACCAUGGAAGGGAGUUUGAAAACACUCAAUUUGCAGAAUUUAGCGAAGAAACAUGGGAUUCUGGCUAUGAAUUCUCGACUCCAAAAACUCCUCAACAAAACGGAGUGGUUGAAAGGAAGAAUCGCACUCCAGAGAUGAUCAGCUGGGAAAGUUUGACAAGAAAAGUGAUGAAGGAUUAUUCAUGGGAUAUGGAGACUCAAGGUACAUCAAGUGAGCCAAACAAGCUUAUCACCGUAAUCAGCGAAUCACCGGAUGAAGAGUUACAUGAGGAACAAGAUGUUGCAACACCGGUUAUAACACCAACUGCAACAAUGCAUAACGCUCAGUGUUUCAGAUGCGACAAUGGGUUAUAA